UCCUCUUUAAUUUUCCUACAGAAUACGUAUAUCCGUAUAUAAAAACAUACCAUCGCCAUCAGCACAUGCACGUCCGGCGACCGGCGGCAGGCAGACAUGGAUAAAAAUAACGUCGCCGGAGGCAGGGCAUACGAAGAGGAGGAGGGGGAGGAGCUGGACCCGGCGGUGGAGUGGAAGCAGGCCGGCGAGGAGCAGGAUGUGGUGGAGAUCCGGCUGCCGGGAUUCAGGAAGGAGCACGUGCGCGUGCAGGUGGACAACUACGGCGUGCUCUGCGUCACCGGCGGCAGGCCGGCCAGGGGCGGCAGGUGGGUACGCUUCACCAAGGACCUCCGCCUCCCCGACGGCUGCGACGCCGACGGCGUCAGGGCCAGGUUCGAGGAUGGCAGGCUCCUCAUCACCCUGCCCAUCGUCCCAGCCGCCGCCGGUGACGCGGCCUCGCCGACGACACCGUCGCCUGAGCCGUUGCCGAGGACGUCAUCGUUCCAGCCACCUUCUUCAGUGCCUCCCCCUCCUUUACCUCCACCUCCGGGCAAGCCGAACUUUUUCGAGCCGAAGCUCCGGCCACCGCUAUUGCAGCCACGUCCACCUCCGCCUCCAGCGCCGCCGGUGAAACCCACUGCUCUCGAGCCAAAAUUCAGGCCGCCGCCGCCUCCACCACGGGAUCCAAUAUCACGUCCUCUUCCUCCGUUUCCAACUAAACCUCUUCCUGUUAUCGAGCCAAAGUCAAAGCCGCCGCCGCCUCCACCACAACCGCCCGCGAAGCCCACUGCAUUCGAGCCAAAACUCCGGCCGUCGCUGACUCUACCGCGGGAGCCAUCAUCACGCCCACUUCCUCCGUUCCCUGCAAAGCCCUCCACUGCAUUUGAGCCAAAUACGCCGUCUCCAUCAAAGGUGCCAGCUCCAGCAUCAUUAUUCCCAUCGCGUCCACCUCCAUCUAGGGCGACGUCCACUUCUUCCGUGCCAAAGCUGCCUCCGCCGCCACCACCACCACCACCACCACGGCUACCUUCAAGAUUGCCAUCAUUUCCAAAACCACCUCCAGCACGGGCACCUUCACGAUUACCGUCAUUUCCACCGCCACCGCCACCGGCGAAGCCCACUUUUUUCGAUUCAAAGCACUGGCUGCCAGGACGGCAUACGGGUCAAGCUCCAGACAAUGCUCCCCAGCCAACCACUGCCGAACGGAACCCCGCCGCCGCCGCCGAAAGGAAGCCGUGGGCACCUCCGGCCAUCAUUCCUGGCCCAAGGACGGCCUUGCCGGAGCGCAUGCCAUCGCCACCCCCAUUCCCACCUCGAAAACAGAGUACAGCCAAUGUCCCUGAUCCUAAGUCCCGCACGCUGUCAGACAUACCAAAGUCGCCCACGGUGUCAGACAUACAGAUCGCCAUGUCAUCUCCGUCUCCGCCACCACCGCCACCGCCACCUCCACCUCGCCGUCGUCUUCCCGGCGCAACAGACAAGACAAAGAAGCAGGGAAAUGAACAACAUGGAUCUGGGAAGGUCAGGUUGCCGUUGCUGGAGGAGAUGAAGAAGAAAGAGAAAAAGAAGAUGGAGGGCAGGAAAGCGAGAGAGGCGGGGAACGUUGGAAAUGGAACACCACCGGCGGUGAACGAGAGGAGGGAAGUGUCACCAAAUCUGCUGACGGCGGCGAGCAGGGGUCCAAUAUCGACGACGGAGCUGGUGGCGAACAUGGCUGCCGCGGCGGCAGUUCUGGUGGGGAUCGCGGUGUCCGUGUGGCACACCAUGAGCGGCAGCAGCUAGUAGUCGUAAGUCAUGACUUGAAUGCACUGUUAAGCAUUUGAUUUGAUGACGCUAAACUGCUUACUAAUUUCAUAUGUACAAUGUAAAUAGCACAGAGGCUUUAUUUAAUCUGUAAAAGAUACUACUAUGAAGUUUAACACAUGCAAUGCAACGGAGGCAAUG